AUGACGAACAACAAGAGUUUUUUCCAUCUAGCUCUUGUGGUUUCCAAUAUACGGAACCAUAUCUCCAUCACUCUUGAAAAGGAAUUAUGGUCGACUCUUGAUGCUACGGUUCUUUCCUGGCUUUAUGCAACCAUCUCCAUUGACUUGUUGCAUACAAUUAUUGAACCCGAUGCCACGGCCAUGGAUGCUUGGAAUAGGUUGAGAGAUAUUUUCCAAGACAACAAACAUUCCCGUGUGGUAACUCUUGAGGCCGAAUUCUCCAAUACUAAGAUGGAGAAUUUUUCAAAUGGUUCAGCAUAUUAUCAAUGUCUCAAGUCCCUUGCUGAUCAGUUGAAAAAAUGUUGGAGCACCGAUGUCGGAGAGCCGCCUUGUCCUUUAACUUGUUUCGGGUCUCACAAGUGCAUAUCGAGGUGUAGGGACAUUAAUUCGGCAGAGUGA